CAGCCAUGCCAAAGUGGCAACAAUGCUCACGCUGUACAUUAUUUCAUACUGUUCAUUUUCCGUGCACACAAAAUGACCGGGCAAUAUUUCAAACGGCAUUUAAACCUGUCUAAAAAAAUAAAGAAAUGGAUGAUUAAUCAUAAAAUGUGAGAGAAGGGAAAGUGGGGUUUUUUUUCGUCAGUGGUGAAGGUUUUUGAAGAUAUUGCGUCCGGGUUGUUGAAAGUGCAAAAAUGAUUUUUUUUUUCAUUUUGAAGCUUGUCAUUAGUACAAUGCGUCUGUGGCGUUACCACGGCGAGUCCAAGUCGCCUGGUUCCCCGAUUUAAACGUUGACAACACGAUGGACGCUAUGCUAUUUAGACACUCUGGGAACGAAAGUUGUUGGAAGGAGAAGCUAAUCAGAAGUAUAGAGGUAGCUAGCUAGCUAGCCGGAGAUGGGGUGGAAGCUAGCCCGGUGUUGACAUCAUGGCAGAUGCGACAACAAAGAAGCCCAGGAGGGUUCGGUCGGCCGAGGCGAAGAAGAGGAAAAGGGACUUGGACCGAGUGAGAGACCGGACCAGAAUCAACAUCGGACACGCUUUUAAGGGUUGGCGAAAGCUACGGGAAGGGAUUGGAUGCAAGACAGACGAGGAACUGGCCUUCGUGCUGCUGGAUUCGUGUCCUUUCUGCAGGGGAGUCUCCCAUCUGACAUUCCCGAGCCAUUAGCAGUGUCUGCAGACUCAACACUACCCCAGCCUCUGUCAGAGGAAGUCAUAAAAUCAGAACCUGAGGAUGAACACAACAUUGAUGAGCAGUUUCCAGAACAAAACCAUCAGUUGAGUGGACCUGAUGACGACUCAGAAUUUCACACCAGACAGUCAAACCGGACGUUAGCUGAAGAGAUGAGUGCCUUGAAAGAAUCACAAGUGACGGUUCGCGUAUGUGAGGAGUUAAAAAUGGAACCUCCUCUCAAGGAUAGAGGGGGGGAACGCCACAACAGUCACGAGGAGCCUUACGCUUGUCCUCAAUGUGGCAAGAUGUCAGAAAACAAAGACUCCUUAAAAACCCACAAGUGCUCUGAAGAAGAAUCUCUUGAUGAAGAAUCUGAUGCUGUGUUGCCUGCUCAUGACAUCACAGAGCCGCAGGACAACAAUCCAGACUGCAUACCAGACUUGUGUGUUCGGGAACACAAGAGGCUUAAAAUAUCGUCAGAGCAAUGUCGCUCACAGAACAGCAAGGAAGAGAAUCUCUCAUCUGACACUCCAGAACCAUUAUCAACAUUUGGAGACCCCCUGUUACUUUCUAAGGAAACGAAGUUAAAAACUGGUGAUGAUUAUGUCAACGAUGAGCGUCUUCAGAAUUCGUUCAAGAUGGAGCCGCCCAAGUCAGACCAGCAGAGGCACGGACCCAAGAAGAUCUUCGACUGUCCGACCUGUGAGAGAUUAUUCCCAUGUAAUGCCGCGCUGAAGCGCCAUGUUGUCAUCCACACAGGGAAAAAACCUUUCAAGUGCUUCAUAUGCGGAAGAGGCUUCACGCAACGUGGAAACCUCAAUACGCACAUGAAGACUAUUCACAAAGGAGAGUCACACUGGACAUUAGUGGAGGACAAGAGUCCUACUGAAGAAUCGUCAGUGUCAGUUCAUGUGUGCGGAGAGUGUGGAAUGGACUUUUCUCUGAAAGAUCAACUGGAGGAACACCGCGACAUUCACAAGAAGCCUUACGCUUGUCCCGACUGCAGCAAGUCGUUCAAAAACAAAGACUCCUUAAAAAUCCACAGCCGCUUUCACACCGGCUAUUCGCCGUUUGCUUGCGUCGAGUGCGGCAAGACUUUCAUCACGUCGUGUGGCUUCAAGCAGCACGAGUUGACACACCGCGGCGAAAAAAACUACCACUGCGAGCAGUGUGGCAAAGCCUUCUUACAGGCCUCCCACCUCAAAGUGCACCUCAAAAUUCACAGCGGGGAACGGCCUCACCUGUGCGCCAUCUGCGGGAAAAACUACGGCAGGGCGGAAACCCUCAAAGUACACAUGAGGGUUCACACAGGAGAGAAACCCUAUGAAUGUGAUAUAUGCGGGAAGUCCUUCUGUUAUUUCCAAGGUUAUCGAGCUCAUAGGAUGAUUCAUGACAAGAAGCCAAAACCACCAACUAAACCUUUGGGGAGACCAAAACAACACAUUGGUGAAUGAUCAAUAUCAUCAUCUGGUGAAUGUAUUUCUUGAACACAUCAUGGUGCUGCUAUGUGAAUCGUUACGAGUAUUAAGUUUUGGCUGUGAGUACAGAAACGUUAUGUUCUUGUAGUUUACAUUUGUUUACUUAAGAAGCUUAAAGAAGACUUCCAAGUCUAGUAAUUUAUAUAACUAUGGUGACAGCCAUUCCUAAUGAAAGGAAUGCUUCAUAAAGCCACAACGUGUCUUGUCUGAAUUGUUUACUUGCUUCAGAGUAAAGUUGGCUGAACAUCUUUCAAGUGUCAUAGAUGAGACAAUGAGGAUUAAGACUGUCAGCUCCUCUAACAUCUUGCUAUAUUUUUCAUUAUUUGACGUUUGUAUAUUUAGUGUCGACCACCUCGAUUCCCGCGCUGGCUCAAAUGGUGGCGCACCGAGAAUGACGUAACGGACAUGACGCGACGCAAUUUACGAAGCAAAUCGUAAAGGCCGAGCCAAGGUUGAGUGACUCAAAAGCGGGAGCUAGCAUUUGAAGCAGCAUGUCGGAGGGGAACACAAAAUUGCGUCUAAGACUAGCGAAAACCUGCUUGUUGUUCGUUUUAAGGAUUAUUAGCAAAUAAGGAAAGCGACCGACGUAGAGGAUAACAAACAUUUCUAUUGCUGGUGUUUUUCCUCUGUAGAGAGCCCUGAAGGAACAACUUGGACUGAAGGCAGACAUGGAUGUCGCUUUGCAGCUAAGUUAUUUGAGUUGAGUGAGUUAUUUGCUUAUAAGACAUUAUUAGGAGUGGUGCCAAAAAUGUAAUGUUGUUAACAACCUGAUGGUUGCCACGUUGUGUUUUGUGCAGCAACAACUUGGAGAGCUAGCUUCAGCAAAAUGUAGUUCACUGGUGAAAAUCAAAAUAAACCGAACACCACGACAUACAGUAACACAUUCGCAAUUAGACUUCGUCCUCACGUACUAGUCCAGAGGUGGAACCAAGUCAUUGCUUACCAAGUCACAAUUAAGUCUAGUUUUGACCCUCAAGUCAAAUGGAGUCACGAGUCGAGACAAGCAAAUUCUGAGUCAAGUCCGAAGUUGAGACAAGUCUCAAGUCCUACACAUUUGAGUUUCAAGUCCUUUUGAGUAAUUUUACCUAAAUAUAAAUGUGUAUAUUUAAUAUAGACUUGUAUAUUGAAUAUAUACUUGUAUAUUAUAUUUAUAAUCCAUAUUCAUUUAUCAAAAAAAUUUGAUAAACUAACGCACUGAACCUUUUAUAAGUACAUUUUUUGGGGGGGGACUCAUCGAAAUUUAUGAACCUCCAAAGACGAUCAUCAAGGGGGGCGCUUAGUUUUUGCCCCUUCAAAACAGAUCUGAAGUAUGUUUUCCGUUACUCUAUGAAAAUGCUAUGACUUAGUUUUCGCACUUAUUUCUGCAGUUUAACAGACCUGUCACAAAUGAUAAUUUGCAUCCAGUAGUGCUGCAAUUAGUAAUUGAGUAUCCUGACAAUUCUAUCAAAUAAUCAAUUGGAUAAAAUAUAUUUUUGUUUGGUUAAAGAGCAAUUCUGAAUACAUGAGAAAACGAGACAUUUCACUUAAUAAUGAAUGACCAAUUGGUUUCCUCUUUUAGCCAACUAUUUUUAUUAAGUUCACAUUCUGCAUAAAGCAGGAACUGCAUUUUGUUUUCUCCAUACAUUUCUUGUGAGGCAAUUUCAAAUAUAAAUAACUAAAACGAAUAUAUAGAGAUUUCAGUUAAAGCUUGGCAUUUGUUCUGAGCAUCAAAAACAUAAGGCAUGAAUAAAAAAAGCAACACCUCUUAUUGUAAGUGCACAAUUUUAUCCAACUGUUGUAUCUCAGUCAGGACACAGGGGGCACUGCAUAAGUAUAUUACAUCAAAAAGGCAAAGAAGAAAAGGACACUAAGAAGAGUGUAGCUUCAUGUCAAAUAGUUGCUAGCUGUGUGGUGAUCAGUAAAGUUUUUUUUUAAAAAAGAGAGAAAUAAGACUGAUUCUUGAGAACACUACACUGACUAAACCGGACUGUAAUGAACAGGAAGCCCAGACAGUGCGGGUCCGACCCGCCGUGUAACUUUCCAGGAUCGCUCACAAAACUAGCAGCUAGUGCUAAAGAAAACAAGCAUAUGUGAUGUUAAGCUGUCUGAUUCCCACAAUGUGAUGGAUUUUUUUUUUUUUUUUGCAAUAAUUAACGUCCUUAUUUUUACGUUGUCGUUUCUGUGUAUAUUACCAGUAUUUUGAGGAAUGUGUACCUUAUGUAACUGUCAUAUUUAUUGUUGGUUUAUGUUACACUAUUUUGUUUUCCUUUUUUAAAAUAAAACCCUUAUUUUAUGUAGUGUCUGAAAGAGUGACCUGGUCAAUUCCUGUACUUGAACAUGCCCAGCGGGGUGUUAACUUUAGUGUGGUGGAACACUUCCACCUGAGCGAUAACCGUUAAAAACAUGAACUUUAUGGUUACAUCAUUCUGAUAUUCCUGUAAUAAAAUAAAC